AGUUCAUUGUCAUUCGAUUUGUGGAAAGUAGUUUGUUGAAGGAUAGUGUUUUAAGUCUGAUAAUGCUUCAAGUUUGUGAAAUUGUUCUCUCUAAUCACAACAACAUGGGCGGGGUUUUACGCUUGUGUCGCAGGGAAAAAGCUUUUCUUAAUAUUACUGAACUAGUCAAGUCAGUUUAAUUUUUCAGCGCAGUUGAAUUUUAAAGCUUGUGGAAGUUAAAACACUAAAAAAUAUGGCUGCUAGUCUUCCCUGUGAACUUAACAAAUUCGCUGCACAUACUCAACGGCUACGCGAAAUCCUCUCGGAUACAAAGAGGUGCUUUAAUGACAUCAAUAUCAGUGGCAGAUUCGAUGGAACUCAGAUUAUCACUGCAGAACUGCUGCGUGAAGAAGAGGCAGAGGUGGUUGGGACUACUGAGAAACCACCAUGUAUUGUUUUGUUUGGACAGAGUGCCAGUGCUAAAGGUAGAGCAAUUAAUGAACUGUUCAACCGCAAUAUUUUACCUGCUUUUGGCGAAGCAGAUAAUGCAGCCAGUUUUCGAAUGGUGCGCUUCAAAUAUGGUUCAAGCCCCUCUGUCAGUCUAUCCUUGCCGGAUGACUAUAGCCUUGUCCACGUCAUGGAAGCAUAUAAAGGACCAUGGCAGUGUAUCCCCAGGGGAGAUCUGGAGCUAUCUGAGGAUGAAAAAUAUGAUCAUGCCAAAGGAUCUGCUGUUCUUGAUGUGACACUGAAUCAUCCAUUGCUGCGUACAGGAGCACAGGUCGUGAUGUCCCCAUGUAACCAUGGAGGGGACGCAGAAGAGGUCAUCAAGGCAUGUCUUCAGGGAGUGUCUGCCAUCCUCAUGUAUGCCUUUUCAUCAGAACAACUCACCAAGAAGCAUCUAUCUGAACUGGCUGUCCUCAGGAAAAUUGUCCCUUGCCAACCUGUGUUGUUUAUUAACAUCACCACAAACAACUCGAAACCAUCUGGUAGAACUGGAGAAAAUGUGCCUGUGAGCCCCACAUCACCAAAUCAUUCCACUCCAAGAGAAUCUAAUCACACACGAACAGAAGUGUUCAAAGCUCCGAGUGUGAGUCCAGAAAAAACACAGAAGGACCGAAAGAAAUUAGCUGUUUGCAAGCAUCUCUGUGAUUUAGGAUUCUUGAAUUCUGCUAACAAUCCUUUGCAGAAACAUUUGUCUGCUGACUAUUUCAAAGUGGACAGUGACUUGGUUGACAUGGUAGAACAGUUCCCUCCUGCAGCCAUGUUAUUUGUGAGACAUGUUUUGCAGAGCUACCUGAUCAAUGCAGCUACAGUGCUAAACAACACUCAUAAUCGCUGUUUGCAGAUGUUCAUCAUCUCUGCAUUUGACAUGGCAAGAGAUAUGCUUAUAACUCCAAGGAAACUGGAGUUUGCUCGAGAAAAAGAAGAUGAACUUUACCGAACUUUUUUACAGAUGGCCAUCUCUAAACACGAUGAGAUUAGAAAUCUUAUUUCUGACACCAUUGAGUUUAUGAGAAGUGACAUCCUGGUCAAAACAGAGGAAUACGACUUCAUUGGUGUUGAUGUUCCUGAGAAUGGUGCAAUUCAAACUGCACGUGACCUAAAAAUUUGCACAGGACAAAUUCAGGAGCUAGUGCUAGGUAGCCUUAACCAUGCUGUGGCCAAUAAACUGGUUAACUCUGUAGACAUACUCAGAGAUACUUACACUGGGACUUUAACCCGGUGUUUGGAGAGUUUAGAGAAGAUUGACAAAGAGCAUCCAGAGGGAGCUUCUGCAACAGAGGCAUUGAAGCAAAUCCUGAACACAGCCUACCAGGUGGAGAUAAAUCAUAACUCAAGCUCUUCACUAAUACGGGUACUUCUGGAGAAGAUGAAACAGCUUGUGCAAUCCAUGCCAUGGAAAACUCCCCCAAAAGUUGACAAUGAGUGGAAAAAGAAAGUAGCGACAGACAUGUUAGCCAGUCUUAGUGCAUCUAGGUUAGCAAAAAGUAUUUCAUCCCAGAUAAAGGACAGAUUGAGUAAGUCACACGAGUCGUUUGCGACAGCACUGAAAAUGCUCGAGUCCCGUCACUCAGGUCGGCUGGAUAAAAUAGAAGAGGAACGACUUAAAAUGAGGAAGAUACAUGCCCCUAGAGUAGCCAAGCUAGCGCUGGAGAGCACAUCUCUGAGAGAUGUUGUUUUGCAUGGUAUGCCCCAGAUGGGACGUGAAAUAGGACGGGGUCAGUAUGGCGUUGUAUAUGCCUGUGAAACUUGGUCGACUUACUCCCCGUGUGCUGUCAAGUCUGUCGUACCUCCAGAUGACAAACAUUGGAAUGAUCUAGCGCUGGAAUUCUACUACACCAAAAAUGUGCCAGAUCAUGAGAGAAUUGUCGCUCUUCGUGGAUCAGUGAUAGAUUACAUGUACGGAGGUGGCACCUCUCCAGCUGUCCUGCUAGUCAUGGAUAGACUUCAGAAAGACUUGUAUGGGGCAAUCAAGCAAGGAUUGGACUGGACCAGCAGAUUGCAAGUGGCGAUAGAUGUUGUUGAAGGAAUGAGGUUUUUACAUAGUCAAGGACUGGUUCACAGGGAUAUCAAGCUGAAAAAUGUUUUGCUUGAUCGCCACAACCGCGGUCGAAUCACAGAUUUAGGAUUCUGCAAACCUGAAGCCAUGAUGAGUGGCAGCAUAGUGGGCACGCCCAUUCACAUGGCCCCGGAACUGUUCACCGGGAAGUAUGACUGCAGUGUGGAUGUGUACGCAUUUGGCAUCCUCUUCUGGUAUGUUUGUGCAGGUCAUGUUCGUCUGCCAUCUGCAUUUGAACAGUGUGCAAAUAAGGAUCAGCUCUGGCAGUCAGUGAAGAAAGGUUUACGUCCCGAGAAGCUAACCCAGUUUGAUGAGGAGUGUUGGCUCCUGAUGCAGGCAUGCUGGGAAGGGGACCCUGAGGUCAGGCCACUUCUUGGAGAUGUAGAAACUCAACUUCGGGCUAUAUUACAGCGGUUCACACGACACACACCAAACACAAAAAAGAGUGACCUUCGUAGUUCAGUGCAGCGUGGAAUGCGACCUGAAUGACAGAUUUCUCCACAGGCAGAGGUAGAGUUAAGUUGGGGUCCCCUAGACCUGUUCCAUGCUCUCCCUCCUUGACAUAUCUCCUUCCACAACUUACACACAUUGCCAUGGUUGUCAUAACUUAUCAAAAUGUAAAUCAUUGAUGUACUUUCUGGAGAUGCCUUUGCAUGGGACAGUACAUGUCCUUUUGAAUUUGGCUCAGCAGAUGUACCCGUCAGCUGUAGUAGAUUUCUAUGAUAUAAAUAGGAAACAGUUGAUUAGGACAGGAGUUGAUUUCAGCAAAGGUUUUGUACACUUUGCUAUGAAUGUUCACAGAAUUUGUCAGAAGGCCCUUAAGCCUUGAUGUACUUAGCAUUUAAUAUUUUCUUUAACGCAAAUUUAAAAAGGUGUAAUGUAACUUAAUUUAGUGAGUUGAAGAGGCCUCUAUUUUCAUAGAGGCAAAAAAUUACAAUGUGUGAAUUCUUAUGAUAUAUGGAACUGAUGGCACUGACUGAUUAUUAAUGUAGUUGAUCAUAUUCUAACGUGUAAAUGAUGUCAGAUCAGAUUUUCUCAAUUAACAUAGCUUCCAUAUCUAUGACCAUGACUUCUGUUUUGUAUGUUUAUGAUGGGGUGUGAAGUAACAUGUUAUUGGUGUCAAAGUAACUGUAAUUUGCCAGCAACUGCAAAUGUGUACAUGUAUGGGUUGGUCAAGAUGAUGGCUCAUUUCUGCUCAGUUAGCACGCCAUCAUACUUCAACUUCUCUUAGAUUAAUGGUGAGUACACAAUGACAUCUUUUGAUAUUAAUUAACCGAUGAUACGAAUUAUGACAUCAGAUUCUUUCAAAUAUGUUACAUUGUAUUUCCUUGACUGUGUACACCAUGCUGGUAAUGUUUGUUAAACCCUACAAGACUUAGUUUGAAGUUUGCGAAGUACAACAUAGCAUGUGCGUAUAUAUUUAUACAUGAACAAGUUUGUGUGGAACAAAUAAUUGUG